CACGUGUGUCAGGAGGGCAGCACAGACGAUGAGCAGAGAGACCGUUCCCGGUGUCCCGGGCUGGGGGACACUCGAGGUUAUGGUUUCUGUUCAUGGUUAACUAGAGGCAAGAGAACUCCGCACAAAUUCUAUCAGCUUUGCUGCUGAGCUCAGAGAAGGAGCGUGCAGACCCCACCUGCAGCUCAGAGGGCAGGAGCGGGCUGGGAAAGUCGCUCUGAAGGCGACGUGGCAUCUGCCCUGCACUUGGUGAACUCUGCUGUGCUAGCCGGCGUCCCAGGUCUGUGCGGCUCAGCCUUGCCCGUGUCUCAGGGGCCCCGAGUCCAGCCCUCUCUGGCUGCACCCUAGCUACCUGCCUUGGGUGUUGCUUGCCGGGGAGGUCGUGCUGCAGCAGUAGCCGGCUGACGCCAACUGGCGUGUCUCGCUCACUGUGGUGCAGGCGGCAGGGCUUCCCUUUGUUAUCGAGGGACAGGUGCUCCACGUGGGGCUGUCCCUGAAGGGAGGGGCGACUUCGUCUGUGACCCAUGCGCCUGGCCUGCGGGCCACCUGUGUCCUUACCUGGAAGCUCACUUAAAGGACCUCAGGAGUCUCCCGGACUGUUCUGUGUGAGCGCCCGAGGGAGCUGCACAUGGGCCGGGCCUCCCCCGUGCGGUGCAUCCUUGCCCAGGCCAGCUGUGCCCCUCGCUCAGGCAGCGGCUGACCCCCGGCUGUGGGGGAAAGCGCCCAGUGAGGGGUGCUGUGAUCUGCACUCCCCCAGGCACACCUGCUCCGUGCACCAGGGCGCGGCCACAGGGGCGGGAAGCUGUUUGUGUGUGGGGCUGCACUCUCCCGGGGCUCACAUGAGCUAGGUAACUGGGGCAUGUGGCUGGCUUCUUGAACCUUGGGGCCACAUCAGCACAAGGGAGGCAGUGGUAGCACCCCCACACUGAGGAGAGGGUGGGUGAGCCAGGAGGGGCAGGUCUGCACUAACACCAGGGGCUUUGAGCCCCUGCACUGGCUGUGGGGCUGCCUGGCCAGCCACCAAGCACUGAAGCCUGGCACCCUGCCCUGGGUUCCCUUCCUCCCCCUCCAUCCCCUCCUCCCCGCCCCACCCACCCCUAUCUCAGAUGCCAGAGGCCACACCCAUGCUGUUGGCAGCCUCCUCAUUGGGCCUGGCGCUGCUGGCUCUACUGCUCUUCCUGCGACGCUGGGGUUGGUUCCUCCUCUUCUGGAACGAGUUGGUCCUGCAGUCCCUCCACAAUUGGCUCACGGGUGACAAGAAGGAACAGCGCAUCCUGCGCCAUGUGCUGCAGCACGCCGUGGCCGGGGACCCGCAGAGUGUGCUCGACACCAUUGACGCCUACUGUUCGCAGAAGGAAUGGGCCAUGAAUGUGGGCGACAAGAAAGGCCAGUUCCUGGACGCAGUGGUGCGGGAGCAGCGCCCCUCCGUGCUGCUGGAGCUGGGGGCCUAUUGCGGCUACUCGGCCGUGCGCAUGGCCCGCCUGCUGCCGCCUGGCGCCCGCCUGCUCACCCUGGAGAUCAACCCUGACUACGCCGCCAUCGCCCAGCAGAUUCUGGACUUCUCGGGCCUGCAGGACAGGGUGACCGUUGUCCUCGGGGCCUCCCAGGACAUCAUCCCCCAGCUGAAGAAGAAAUAUGACGUGGACACGCUGGACAUGGUCUUCCUCGACCACUGGAAGGACCGGUACCUGCCGGACACACUCCUCCUGGAGGAGUGUGGCCUGUUACGGAAAGGGACAGUGUUGCUAGCCGACAAUGUCAUCGUCCCAGGAGCACCGGAUUUCCUGGCACAUGUGCGCGGGAGCAACCGCUUCCUGUGCACACACUUCUCCUCGUACCUGGAAUACUCGCAGUUGGUGUUGGACGGCCUGGAGAAGGCCGUCUACACGGGCCCAGGCAGCCCGGCGCAGCCUUGACCUCCCACCCUGUGCUGGGCUCCUUUGCCAAGCCUGCUUCUGAAGGGCACGAUGGCUGCCCUGCUGCCAACCUGCUUUCGCAGUUCUGGAGUCUGUCCUCAACGCAGCACUUGAGGCCUGCGAGGCCAAGGCCUGCCGACACUGACCCUUCCACACAGCCGCGCUGAGCUCUCCCACUGGCUCGCCCCAGUGUAGCGCUCGCCGCACAAAAUCACUGCAAUAAAUCUGCUUCUAAAGACCA